CAGAGAGACAGAGGAAAGUGCAAACUGAGGCAGAGGAAAAUGGCAGCUCAUCCAGUCAGCGUGCUUAUCACAGGAGCCAACAGAGGCCUGGGGCUGGAGAUGGUUAAGCAAAUGGUGGAGGCGCCCCAUCCAGUGCGAAAGCUGUUUGCCUGUUGCAGAGACCCAGAUGGACCCAGGGCUGAGGCCUUACAAACACUGGCAAAGAAGCAUCCUGACAUCAUCUCCAUCAUCCGUCUGGACGCCAGUGACCUUUGUAGCAUUAAACAGUGUGCCCAGCAGGUGGGCUCUCUGGUGGGGACGGGUGGUCUGAACCUGCUGAUUAACAACGCAGGCAUCCUGGUCAACGGCACUCUGGAGCAAACCCCUCCCGAGGACGUGCAGAAUUCUUUCAACACCAACGUCAUGGGCCCCAUGAACAUCAUAAGAGAGUUCCUGCCUCAUCUUCGUGCAGCAGCGAAGGCCAGUGGGAUGUCAGGGAUGUCCACCAGCAAAGCAGCCGUCAUAAACCUCGCCUCCUAUUUGGCUUCAAUGGAAAAGGUUAAACCGCACUAUGCUACCUUCCCUGCCAUCUCCUACCGCAUCAGCAAGGCAGGUAUGCACAUGCUGACACUGUGUGCUGCAGAGGAGCUAAAGAAGGAUGAGAUCCUGUUUUCUCUGCUGCUCCCUGGCUGGGUACGCACCGACAUGGGUGGAAAGGACGCCGAGAUUGAUCCUCCGGAGAGUGUGCAAGGGAUGUUUCGUGUGAUGGCCUCCCUGACUGAGGAGCAUAACGGAGCCUACCUGGAUUAUAAGGGUGAUACCGUACCCUGGUAGCUUUAAAGAACUGCUUCAUAUAAUGAUGUCAAUCA